AUGGCUCCGGCCGACAGCGAAUGUGUCUGUGAAAUCACUUCCCACUGGGAGGAUAUCCUUGAGUGGUGUUCCAUGCUGCCGCCAAACGCCGCGGCCUCCGCCUCUUCUUCCGGUACUCGGGCCCGACAAAUUGCGUCAGCUCCAGGCACGCCGUUGGCACGGUCUCGAGCACUCUCAAUCGCACGGGAGACUGUUAUCACCACGGUCACGCAAUCCGGUGCCUUCUCAGAGACCGUGAGGUCCCAACUCAGAGCCAUAUACGAUCCCAAACGGCCAUGCUGGGUUUGUCAAGCGACGAACGCAGACUGCGCCCAUGUCUUUGCGAAAGAUGACGACCAGGUAUAUCUGUGGGCAAAGAUAGGCCUAAUCCCCUAUGGGGCAAACCUCAAGGCAAACGAAAAUGCGAUUUCCCUUUGCAGAAACUGUCACUAUCGUUUCGACCAUACCUCACAUCCAGGACUUGUCUUCUUCCCUGCUGACCUGGAAUUCUUCAUCAAAUUCGAGAAGGCCGACCAAGCUCGCCGUAAAGAAGCGGCACAGACUGGUGUAUCCACCGGCCGUCGCACUCCAUCAGCAGCGGAAUAUAAAAAUGACCAGAUGGAACAAGGCUUGGUUGGCCCACACUCGAUUGGGGCCCGCACGGAGGUCAGGGAAUGGCAUGGCGAGCCAAUGUAUACGCUCCGCCGCGCGUUCCAGCUACUGGGAAAUAUCCAGAACAAGGUUCUAACCCCUCAAAUCAAAGGACAGCUGCAAGAGCUGAUGGAUCUGUACACCAGCGAUCCGAUUGAGGACUGUGACGACCCGGAUUUUGAUUUCGAAUUGAAGCACUCCAAUCGGUACGACAGGGGCACCAAACGUCCACAUCCCGGGCCUAAUGAUACAGAGAAUGCCGAAUCUCCUGUUAAUGCCUGUGAAAACUUGGAUGAGGAUAACGGCCCCCGAGACCCGCAGCGAGGCCCAGAGGGAAGGCCAGCGAAAAGACUCAAGCGUGGCUGUCGCUCAGUUGACGAGGCCUUUUCGGCGGAGCACCGUCAAAUGAUCCUGACACCUCAUCGAACAUUAUCACGCCGAUGGCAAUUAGGACCCCUGUGCACCGCCGAGGAUGCCAUUCGUAUCCACGCCCGAUUGACGGCACCCAUUUGA